CAUGCUCAAACAAAGUUGCCCUACUAGCGCUGUAUUUCUCGUGAACUCCGCCCACGCGCAGAGCUACACCUGCCCGCGAGCUCGAGCUCAGGUGAGACACUCGCGCGCGCCGCAUUCCAAGCGCGUGAAGGCGAGCAGGAGGUCGCGUCGCGUCAUGGCGGAGUCGCAGCUCAUGUGUCUGGAGGACGGGCUCAUGCCCACCGCGGUGCCCGAAUCCCAACCUCGGUUCUACUACAGCGAGCAGCAACGCGCCGCCCUCGAGAAGCUCCUCGAGCACGGAGACGGCGCGUUCAAGACCCUCCUGAAGGACGAGAAGAGCCAAGACUUUCUGUCGGCGCGGGAGAUCAAGACCAUCACGAGCUCCUUCGUCAAAUAUCAGCGCGAGGACGACGAUGGAGGGGCGUCGGAGAACCAAGCGAAACGCGACGCGAGCGGCUCGAUGCGGUCCACAUACUGGCCUCAGAUGUCGGACACUGAGGUUCCUCCACUGGACCUCGGCUGGCCCUCAUCAGGGCUCUUCAAAGGGGUCACCCGAGUGUCUGUGUACACACACCCGCCCAAAGAGAACAGCCCGCACAUCAAGGAGGUGGUCCGCAAACUAAUACAGGAAUCAUGCAAGGUCGUGGCGAUCGUGAUGGACCUGCUGACCGACCUGCAGAUCCUGCGGGAUCUGUUCGAGGCGUCCAAGCGCGGCGUUCCCGUGUACAUCGUGCUGGACGAGCUGGGAACGCCGCACUUCCUCGACAUGUGCAACCGGAUGCAGGUCGGAGUGAAGGAGCUGCAGAACGUCCGGACCCGGAGCGUAAAGGCUGUCGGCCUGAACCUGUCGUUGGGGAGAAUCCCGGGAAACGUCCACAGCAAGUACAUGCUCAUCGACGGAGAUAAAGUCAUGUUCGGAACGUACAGCUUCUCCUGGACCUCUUCCCGCAUGGACAGGAACAUGAUCACGGUGAUGUCCGGACAGGUGCUGGAUUUCUACGAUAACGAUUUCCGAGAACUUUACGCCGUGUCGGACAAACUGGACCUCUUUAAGGAGUUCCACCUCAAUAAGCCUCAAACGAACACCUUGUCCCGCGCCGCCGUUCCCAAACGCCCCGUAGCCGCCACUUCCCGAUUCCAGGUGAACCUCGGAGACGUCAAAGUCCCGGCACACAAAUACCACAACCCGAAGUACCUGUUAUCGCUGGGACAGAUCCCGGGACCCACGGCGCCGAUGCAGGACUUCUUAAACACCAUGGAUCCGCCCGAUCCCGAGAAUCCCACGGAAGAGCUGGAGAACCUCAUGCCCAUUCCCUCCGAGACCGGGAAGAAAAAGUCGUGCAAGAAAACCAAAACACUGUCAUUGAAGUCGAAGGGGUCGUGGUGGAGGAGACAGAAGAAGGAGGCGAGUGAAGCUGUGAUUGAGGAAAACACACCAGACGACGCGUCCAAACACACACUCCCCGCGGAUCAGAGCUCGGAGGACACCAAACACACACUCCCCGCGGAUCAAAGCUCGGAGGACACCGGGAAAAAGAAGAAGAGAGGACUGAUGAGCAUUUUUAAAAAAGCAAAAUGAGGAUUAUCCUUUAAAUGAGCCGCUGUUUUUACCAGUGCAUCUGUGCCGUGUUUACAGACUGACCUCACUUUAGACUUUCUGUGUGUGUGUGUGUGUGUGUGUGUGUGUGUGUGUGUGUGUGUGUGUGUGUGUGUGUGUGUGUGUGUGUGUGUGUGUGUGUGAUAUGAUCAGUGUUUACGGGUGUAACGAUAUCCUCAUAUCACGAUACUGAACUCACGAUACGAUAUUAUUGCAAUACUUCAAGACAUAUGGUAAAAGGUUAACAAAAAGAUGUACUGUUGAUUAAAAUGCUGUAUUUAGUAUUAUUAUGGGUGUAAAUGAAUAGUCUUGGACUUGGUGCUGGAAACCCAACGCAGGACAAUAAAGACACCAGAAUAAAAAAUAUUCAUGGUUCUGAA